AUGUCAAGUAGACUUCAUGCGAGUUCGAUGAACUUUCUCACAUCAAUGAUCGAUAUUUCUCGAUUAGUCGAAGUUAAAUUAGAAAGUUUUUACUUUGGUAAACUAAACAAACAUUUAUUGUUUGAAAUAGUUACAAUUAUUGGACAUUCAACCAAUCUUUCAUCGCUGAUAAUCUAUAAUCGCUAUUGUAAAUAUGAGUUAUAUCCAUUUUUGAACGAUUUAUGUUCAAUCCUUCCACGUCAGAUAAAAUAUUUACGCCUACCUAUCAAUCGAUUAAACCAAAUCGAAAUGAUUAUGAAACGAUGUCCAUAUCUUUCAGUCAUACAAGUGGCAAUAUCACGUUCAAGAUUUUCAAAAGAAGUCGUCGAUUGGUUUUCUGAAAAUACUUUGGAUUCGAUAUGUCGGAAACAGAAUAGUUGUGAUUUCAUAUGGAUUGGAAAGAAGAAAACAAAUGAUAUCAGAUACAAUCCCAAACGAAUCAAGUUGAACGAUGAUUAA